AGUCGCGGCGUGCUUUACGGCUGCCAAGUUUCUCCGCCGUCUGAACCUCGAUAACGAGGUGCCACCCUACUACGCCAGCGCAGAGAUGAAGCAAAAGAGGAAAGGUGCAAAAAACGCGGGACAAGGGCACAAGGGAGGCGGUGGAUGCUCUGAGAUCACAGGGGAUCUCAGCCCGGCUGAGCUGAUGAUGCUGACUAUAGGAGACGUGAUCAAGCAGCUGGUUGAAGCUCAUGAACAAGGCAAGGACGUCGAUCUAAAUAAGCUGAAAACCAAAACAGCUUCCAAGUAUGGCCUGUCGUCCCAGCCUCGCCUGGUGGAUAUCAUUGCUGCAGUCCCUCCUCACUAUCGAAAGAUCUUGAUUCCCAAGCUAAAGGCAAAGCCCAUCAGGACUGCCAGUGGGAUUGCUGUUGUGGCUGUGAUGUGCAAACCCCACAGAUGUCCACACAUCAGUUUUACAGGGAAUAUAUGUGUAUACUGCCCUGGAGGACCUGACUCAGAUUUUGAGUACUCAACCCAGUCUUACACGGGCUAUGAGCCAACUUCCAUGCGAGCUAUCCGUGCUAGAUACGACCCUUAUCUGCAGACAAGACACCGGAUAGAGCAGCUAAAGCAGCUUGGCCACAGUGUGGAUAAGGUGGAGUUCAUCGUGAUGGGCGGAACGUUCAUGGCCCUUCCGGAGGAAUACAGAGAUUAUUUUAUCCGAAAUUUACACGAUGCUUUAUCAGGACAUACUUCAAACAAUAUUUACGAGGCAAUCAAGUAUUCCGAGAGAAGCCUCACAAAGUGCAUAGGGAUUACCAUUGAGACCAGACCUGAUUACUGCAUGAAGCGGCACCUAAGUGACAUGUUGACUUACGGCUGCACAAGGCUGGAGAUUGGAGUGCAGAGUGUCUAUGAAGAUGUGGCCAGAGAUACCAACAGGGGCCACACCGUGAAGGCAGUAUGUGAAUCAUUCCACCUGGCCAAAGAUUCUGGGUUCAAAGUGGUGGCGCACAUGAUGCCUGACCUGCCGAAUGUGGGACUAGAGAGAGACAUUGAGCAGUUUAUAGAAUUUUUUGAGAACCCUGCUUUUCGUCCUGAUGGUUUGAAGCUCUACCCUACCCUGGUGAUCCGUGGAACUGGUCUGUAUGAGCUGUGGAAAUCAGGGAGAUACAGGAGCUAUUCUCCCAGUGAUCUGAUUGAGUUGGUGGCUCGGAUCCUAGCCCUCGUGCCCCCUUGGACUCGUGUGUACCGAGUGCAGAGAGACAUUCCAAUGCCCCUCGUCAGCUCAGGAGUAGACCAUGGCAACCUUCGAGAGCUGGCAUUUGCAAGAAUGAAAGAUCUUGGGAUACAGUGCCGAGAUGUGAGAACCAGGGAGGUUGGAAUCCAAGAAAUUCAUCACAGAGUGCGGCCGUACCAGGUUGAGUUGGUACGGAGAGAUUAUGUUGCCAAUGGCGGCUGGGAGACCUUCCUUUCCUACGAAGAUCCCGAUCAGGACAUUCUAAUUGGCCUCCUAAGGCUACGGAAAUGCUCUGAGGAAACCUUCCGAUUUGAACUGGGUGGAGGCGUUUCCAUAGUCCGAGAGCUACAUGUGUAUGGAAGUGUGGUCCCUGUGAGCAGCCGGGACCCCACUAAAUUUCAGCAUCAGGGGUUCGGCAUGCUGCUGAUGGAAGAAGCAGAAAGAAUCGCUCUGGAAGAGCACGGGUCUGGGAAAAUCGCAGUUAUAUCAGGAGUCGGCACAAGAAAUUACUACCGAAAGAUGGGCUACAGAUUGCAAGGCCCGUACAUGGUAAAGAUGCUAAAAUAAGACCACUACAGUCUACCUUCAUGCAGCGUCCUCUGACUAAAUUCAGGUGGGGUCUCCUGAAUACGCAGCGGAGGCUGAGAGGUAAAUGGUCUGCACGCCCCUGGACAGUACUCUGCCCUCCCCUGCGGCUGCCACUCACAACUCUGACCCCUGUGACAGAGGCCAAAUUCACCCUCUUUAUGUGUCCGUGGAGCCACUUCUGGUUUUGAGGCUUAAAGGAUUUUAAAUUCUGCAUGAAGGCUGCAGGUGACCCAUUUGGGCUCAGAUGCUAUGUGACCAGAGCAAAUCAACUCCUUAGGCCAUCAUCACUUGUGAUUGUCAUCUGAGGGGCAGGCUCGGGAGAAGAUUAGUUAUAUAUCCACAGACAAAAGCCGGACUGUAGCGCAGACAAGCUGUCAGACGUGACUCUCUGCCCUUUAACCACGUGCACAUUCACCCAGAGACGGAGAAGAUGAGCUUUGCAGUGGGAGUCUCCGUGGCCCUGCCAUGUCUUGAAAUGGCCGUGUUUGGGGAAGGAAGAGCUAUGGUAGUGGGUAGUGUUAAGCUUGAUGCCGGCUGUCUCACCUGCCCUGAGCCAGGCCUCUCAGAGCCUUUCCUUUGUCUCAUAUCUGUGAAAGUCUGUGCGUCCAUACCCCUGACACCUGCAGGGCAGUGUGCACUAUCUCAUGUGUGCUGGGCUAGCUUGUGCCAGCCAGUUCAUCUGUCCUGCGCAUCACGGUCCAGGGUGCAUGGCUAGAGCCUCAUGGCCCUGGUCAGGACUAGUCCAUCCUCAGACACGUCUCUGCAUGUUAAUUCUGUGAGGUUGGUAGUGGUGAUGGUGCUGCAUGAAGAAGGUAGGAGUUAGGCUAGUGUGUGAAAGUGGGCCUGUCUGAGCAUGGAGGGACAGUGGGCUUUUCAGAGGCUUCUUCACCAUCCAGCUUGUCCACUGAGGAGACCAGGCUCUGAGACAGCCUGCCUCGCCUGGGCAUCUGUCAUUUCCAGCAGUGUUUAGUGAAAGCUGUUCUCUAAAAGGUCUGAAAAAUAAAGUGUUUGGCACAAAAGAA